CGGGGGAGGAGGUGAAGAUGAAGCUCGUUACAAUCUUGCGACACGUGUGAUGUCAAAUGGUGUUGAAGUGAUUGUUGCUGAUGGAAAGUCGACGCUACCUGGCGAACCAAAUUUCUUUCGAAUAUUAACAAAUAGCAAAAAGUAUAAUCGUCCAUUAACCUUGGCACCAAGCACACUCAACAAUGUCAUGAUGCUCAUGACACUGGGAAAAAAUCCGAAGAUUGAUAAUAUUCCCGAGAAUGCGAUAUUGAAUCGUUUCGUAACGAAAACAUGUCUCACAACAUACACUUAUUUGACAACUUACACUUACAAUGGAUCGACGACCAUCGAGAGUCGUGAGAAAGUGAUUUCAAAUAUUGCAACGGAGGAACGAAAUACCCAAAAUUUGACACCUUUAAUUGCAUCUGAUAUGACAUUCUUCAAGACGCCAAACUUAAAGGUUGAGCAUUUCAGUACAACUUACACAUAUUAUAACACGAUAAUGGAUGACGACAUUCCAAUCGUUGCCACUUCAAAGCAUAUAGUUGUCAACACAAUUACAGCUGCCGAUGAUUAUUUGCGGAUGAUACAACCAUCGCCAUCAGCGAGUCCCGUUUACGAAACAAACACUUAUUACAGCACAGUUGAGUUUUCAAAGACCAUCAAUGACGAUGAUAUCACUAAAGUUAUUAAUACUCAAGAUGUUAUUACGCAAGUAAUUGUAACAGAAUCGUUGCCCCAUGGUCGUCCAACAUUCGUGAAUAGUCACGAAAUACUCGAUCAAUCGGAAAAUGAUGGCCUUUCUCCAUCUAACAAUGAUUACGACGAUUCCGAACCGGAAGCACACAACUAUAUUAAGAAAACUAAUGCAAUUGAUUUAAAUCCAUCGCAAAUUGAUCAGAAACCUGCAAGUGGCACUGCAGUGCCAUUACAUCUCUAUGCAACGAAAACCUAUUUAACAACUUUCACCUAUUUUACAACCUUGCUGCAAAAUGCAGUCGACAACCAAGGCGAAAUUUCGACUACUGUAGAUUCACAUACACGAGUAAUUGAGAAUGUGAUCACCGAAUCCAUUGCGUCAUCAAUGAUUCCUGUAAACAUUCUUUCAAGUAUCAGUAAACAUCUUUUCGAUGGUGAGAAGAAUGACUUAAAAACGAGAAUCGUUCUUAACAAUGGACAAAAGUUGGAAAUUACUGCUGCAAAUAUUUUAAAGCCGAUCGAUUAUGCAACAGCAACAAAAGCUGUGAGUGUUGAGUCAAAUGAUUUAGAAGCAGCAGGUAAUGAUUUGUCACCAGCUUCAUUGCUGUUCUCAUCGGAAGGAAUUGAGAAUUUGGUUUCGGAUUCAACAGCAAGUGAAGAGAACAACGUUGUGGUUCAUAAUCAUCAACCACAAGUGCAACAGCAGCAGCCGAUUAGAGUUCCAUCACCAAUCGCGAAACCCAAACCAGUUUCAUCAAACAUUGGUGGUGGUUCUCUAAAAAUUCCGUCACUUUUAAACAGCAUCAACAUGCCAAGCUUGCCGAGCUUGCCAAGCUUCUCAGCUUUAGGGCCAGUAAUUAAUGCAAUGGCAGGGCUUCUGCAAAACAACUUCGGUGGAUCAACUCUUACGAAAGUUCAAACUCCACAACAUGUUGUUCAACCUUUAUUGACGCCACCAAAAAGACAUCGACCUGAAAUAAUAGAAAAUGAAAAAUUGCCGCAGCCUUUGCCGUUAUUCAGUCAGGAAAGUCAAGAUUUCAUUCUUAGUCAAACAGAUGCAAAGAACACGCAUCCACUUUAUAUUCCUGUACGUGGUAAUCAACAAGGUGUAUUGAAUCACCAUCAUCAUCACAAUCAUGCUUCAAUGAUGGGUUCGGGAAUAGCAAUAUCGCCAGGUGAAGUGAUAACAACAAACUCUGAUGUAAUUGUUGGAAAGCCUGCAGUUAUUGGACCUCAACUGCCGCCAAAUACUAACAAGCCUGUUGAAAUUAUUGGAAUGGGAGCGCCACCGCCAUUUGUACCUCUGAAAACUCCACAAAGGCCAUCAUCAUUUGUAAAAGACAUAAAAUCUAAUGGCAACAUUAAUCAUGUGACAAUUAAGAAAGGCGAUGAUUAUCUUGGACCUGUCCCGCCAAAGGAAAUUCACAUUCCAGCACAAGCUCAACAUAAACCGAUUCCAUUGAAUUCCUUCAUUCGUCAUCCACAACAUCAAAAUCUUCAGAAAGGCAAACCCAACAUUACUCCAAUGAUGCGACCACAACAUCAUGAAAAUCAUGGAUCACUUCACAGACCACAAAUCAAUUUGAUUCAAAAGCUUCCGCCACCAACACAAGACACUCAAGUCAAUAAUCAUUUUGUACAAAUUAAUCAGCAAAACAAUCUUCCAAUCAGAGGUCAAUUGAAUCAUUUCAGAGAUCAAGAUCCAUUGAAAGUUGAUCAAAACAUUCCGCCAUUCAGAAAUCAACAACAUCGUGACAAUCAUAAUCAUCUGCAUCAUCAUGGUCAUCACAAUCAUCAUCAUCACCACCCACUACAAAGUAAUGAAAAUUUCAAGCAUCAACAUCAGAUUCACAAUGCACAAAUCAACAGUCGACCAAAUAAUCAACACACGAAUGUCAUUGAAAUUCAGAAAAUUCCUGAAGUGUACAGCACAGACCUUCCGAUAAUUACAGUGAAUAAUCAGCAUCAAUUCAACUCCCAUAGUGGAACUCCAAUCAUAACUCAUGAGCUUCCAGAAAUUCUUGAUAAACCAACGAGAGGUCAGCCGCUUUUAGUUGACAUUCAACCAUCGCAAGUUGCCAACGUAGUCAUACCUCAUGGAAGUAGUUCGAUUCUUGUGUUUGGUGGUGUUCAUAAAGCUCAUAAAGUUGGUCAAUAUUUCAAUGAGUCACCACCGCAUGCAAACUCAGAGGUCGGAAUAAAAAGUGUCAAUUUAUUAGCUGACAUUGAAGGUAGCAAAUAUCAAGGAUACUCUCAAAACAUUGAAAAUAAUUAUGGGCAGAAAGUUCAUUAUGAUGUCAAAGAUAAUAUUAUUGUGUCGUCAGAACCAUUCGCACCUCAUCUUUCACCGAGUGACACCGGUGGCUUCGUUGGCACCAACAUAAGACCGACAAUCAGUCGACCACCUCACGAUUUCCUUCAUCAUUCUGUGAAUGUUGUUCCAAAUAAUGUCAUAAGAUUCCAUCAAGAUUCAAAUGAAAAUUAUAAUCGACAUACAACACAACAAUUGAUUAAUCAGCAGAAACUUCAACAAAUACAAAUUGAUCAACAAUUGAAGCAAAAACAAAUUGAGAAUCAGAAACGACAAGAGUUUUUACAUCAUCAGAAAGUGGUUGAAGAUCAAAAGAGAAAAGAAAUUGAAGAACAAAAUCAUUUGAAGCAAAUUGAACUCGAUAGAAAGCGUCAAUAUGAACGUCAAAAGCAAGUGGAAUAUGAGCAAAGACAGAAGCAGAUCGAACAACAGAAGCGACAACAAGAAAUUGAGUAUCAUAAACGACAGCAAGAAAUAGAAAAUCAGAAGCGAAGACAAGAAAUCGAGCAUCAGAAGCGAAUUCAUGAUCAGAAAAUGAAACAACAAUACGAACAUCAACAGAAGAUUCAAAAUGAUUUAAAUAAACGACAACAAUUUGAACAGCAACAAAAAUUCAUUCAAGACAUGAAAAUUAAACAGCAACAAUUCCAGUUACACAAUCAACAACACCAUCAAACUCAGAAUGUUCGACCAAGUGACUCUUCUCAAAAUGUUCCAGUUUAUCAUCAGUCUUCUGGUAAUCAAGAGUCAGGUUUCAUUGUUUUAUCAAGCAACUAUGGACAGCAUAUCAACAACAACAAUCAAUUCCAUCAGAAUGUUGUUUCCCUCCCAACAAAGCCAACUUCAAUUCAAGGUCAAAGUAAUCGUCAUGAAGUAUCGGAAAACGAGAACGAAACUGAUGGUCAAGUUGUGCAAGAGUCAAUCAACUAUCCCAAACUUCCGAGCGGAGAAAAUCACGAAUCUCUUGAAGACGACGACGUGAAAGUGAUUGAAGAUUUCGAUAAUUUUGUUUAUCAUAAAAUUACAGCUUUGUCAACUUCAAGCACGGAUUCACCAACGACAUCAACAACUCAAAAAACUUCGUCAACCACAACAACACGAAGAUCUUCUUACAAUUCAUAUUCGACUGAAAGAUUCGCUUCAUCAACUGAGAGAAACGCGCCGAUUUAUAAGAAACCAAAGCCUUAUCCAAAUCUUCAGUUCGACAACCUCCCAAAAUCGGUGAAUGAACUUCUUGCAACAAACAAUAACCACAAUAAAUAUCAACGUGUCCCAACAGUUGGCGUUCAAUUCAAGCCCAACUUCAAGAUACCAACAGCAAACACGCUUUCACAGUCAAUGCGACCACCGUCACCACCAAAAUUCUCACGUCGACCAACUCAUCCGUUCCAUAAGUCAACGUUCAAGAUUUCAAUGCCAAUCGAUCCAAUGCCAGAUGAUUCAAGAGUUUCUAGCAAUUUGCAAACCGAAGAACCUUUCAAUCCUAAGUAUACUGAAGAUUAUUCAACAAAACCAUCGCUAACAACACAAUCAUCGAGUGUUAAAAUUACGCAAUCAACGACUGAAAGAACAACAACAACGAUACCGACAACGGAGAAGAAGUUCUUGAUUGCUGUACCAACAACAACAACGAAGAAUGAUUUGAAUAUUGGUGAAGUUGAAGCUAAUGAUAGAAACAAAACUGUCACUGAUGAGGUGUCGGAUAUCUUCGACAGCAAAGAAAGCAUCAAUCCAUUGAAUCACGGAUUCAUUAAACAACAUCAUGAGAAAGACGAUAUUGACUUGAUUCCACCAUCAAUUAGAAAACCUUAUCAUACGAUUGUAAGACAUCCUGAAGUGACAACUUUCAAAUCAACUGGCAUUCGACUUGAAAUCUCACCAAGUGAAUUGGAGAAUAUGAAACCGCCAGCACCUGGAGUUAAACAUUCAACUUCAUCUCCGUUUGAAGAGAUUGUAGAUAUGAAGCCACCUACGCCAUCACCGCCAUCACCGCCAAAUAACAACGAAGUUCCUUUAAAACCACCUUAUAAGAAUGUUCAAAGACCAGCAAUCAGUUUAAGUAGAUUUACACCUCCAACAACAUCUGAAGCUCCAAAUCAUUCAACACCCAAGUUUGUAAGUUUCAGACCAACAUUCAGCAGAUACACGACACCGAAACCAGUUAAAGAACAAGAUGUGUUUGAUGUUGUUGUUCAAUUUAAACAAGGAGUUGGAGAUAAAAAGAAAAUUUCUGAUAACAAGAGAGAUGAAGUGAUUGUUGGAUCAGUGGAGACAGUCGACCACUUAGAGACUGAAAAGAAUUCCAUUAAUGCAACGCCAGUUUUGAAUGUUGUUGAAACUGUAAAUGAAAUAUCAACGACACCUUUAAUUAUCAGUUCAUCAGUUUCAAUAUCGUCAUCAGUUUCAUCAGUUCGUCGGAAACAACAACCAAGCUUCUCACGAUCACGAGUUCCAAUUUCAUCGACAAACAUUGACAAGAAAGUUCCACAAAAUAGAACGAAAUCUUUCCAUGAUCAGAUUAAAGUUUCAACAAAAUACGUCACAAACACAAAGACGAUCACUUUGGCUAAAACAAAGACGGAAGUGAUUAACAGAAGUCAUGGCAUUCCAAUCACGACCACAAGAGUUCAAACAGAAACCGUCUUUGAGACUGUCACAGAGACGGAAACUCUUCUUAAGCCAACAAUCAUCACAUCCAUUCAUCCAAGCGCAACUCAUAUUCAACCGAUCAUCCAUGAAACGACAGCGCCAACGGCAUAUCCAAUUCCAUCAACAACAACUGAAGAGAUUGUGGAAGGUUUUAUAAGUUCGGAAGACGUUGACGAGUUCAUCAUUAAUUAUGAUGAUGAUCGAAACGACACAACAAUUCAUCGAACGAAUAGCAACGAAAUUCCGAAGAUUUCAAGCGAUGAAAAUGAAAGUAUUUUUGUUGUGAUGACUGAUAAGAAGAAAGGUGGAAUAUUCAACAUUGACACUUCAAUUAUAAAUCCGCCGCCAUCACCACCACCACAUCGCAAUAUUUCAUCUCAUGACAAUGACGAUGUGAGCAUUGAUGAAGAAGAAACAAAUGACGGCGCUGAUCACAUUCUUCUUGGUGGAAUUUUAAUUGCAUCACCACCACAAUUAGAUAAAAGCCAACAAGGAGCUGCAAUCAGUGAUCAAUGCUUCCCUGAAUGCAACAGUAAUCGAAAUGAAUAUUGUCAUCGUGUUGUUAAUCAAAUGAGAUGCGUUUGUCGACCAGGAUUUGCAAGAAUGUUCCCUGACCGUCCUUGUAAACGUCUCACAAGAAACGGUAAAGAUCGUUUGAGAUUUGAUGAAUCACUUGUUGAUAAAAACUCUGACAACUACACAACAUUGCAAAAGAUCACCCAUGAAGGCGUCGAUCGCAUGUUAAUGCAAUCUGAUCUUCGUGACAUUUACCACAGCAUUGAAAUAAUUGACUUCAACUCUUCACGUCUUGAUGACGGUGUUGUUGGAAAAAUGUUCGUGCAAUUAUCUGAGAAUACAAACGAGAAGAAGUUGAAAGAAACUGUGAAGAAAUAUUUAAGACAUUCGAACUUUAAUCUUGGCGGAACUGAUCUGUAUGCGAAUCCAUUAACCGCUGAUCUUGAUACUUACGAUUUCGAUGAAUGUUCAGGCGAUGAUAAGAGUCAUGACUGUUCCGACUUCUCACAUUGCUUCAAUCUAUUAGGAACUUAUACUUGCAGUUGCAAAGAAGGCUUCACUGAUGAGUCAGAGAAUCCAAUUUAUCCUGGUCGUGUUUGUGUUCCAGAACAAACUGGAUGUGAGAAAUGUCAUUAUCAUGGAACUUGCAUCACCAAAGCAAACGAUCAAAUUAAUUGUGAAUGCUUCCAAUGGUACACCGGAAAAAGCUGUCAAGUUAACUUGAAAUUGCUUCUUUUCGCUUUGAUUGUCAUUGGAACAACAUUGUUCAUGUUGCUGAUGAUUUGUCUGAUUAUAACAUGUGUGAAGAAGAAGCGAAUUAAUCAAAAUUCAAUUGCACCAACAAUGAACAUCAUUCAAAGACGAAUCAGUGGAUCAAUACAUCAAAGUGUCAGUUCGCAAGCUGAUAGAAAAGCAAUGAUUCAAGAUACGAGUAGUGAAGUUAGUUUAGAAUCCGAGCCAGUUCCUUAUUUCAGAAAGAAAUCAAACGAAGAAAGCAUUCGAAAGCUUUCAAUUGAAGCUGUUGGACCGAAGAAAAAGAAAUCGACGAUAAACAAUCCUUUGGGAUCAUUCAGCAAAGCUUCAACAAUGGAUCAGCGUGACAGAUCUUUAACAGUGAUGAUACCAAGAGCUAAAUAUCAUCCACAACAAACAAAAUCCGGUAAUCUCAUUGAUGUUGAAGGAUAUAAAUCAAAAAGUUCAUCACAAGCGAGUAUAAAUCAAACGAAAUUAAUCAACUAUCUCGAUGCUAGUCCGUCGACAUCAAAGUCUAAAAAUAAUGUGCCAUGUGAGAAAUCAAAUUAUCAACAACCUAAGAAUCCUGGAGCAUUAGUAUCAGCUGGUUUCAAAGUAUCAGCAGCUGGAGGUGGUGGUGCUGGUAAUGGUGGAGCUUCUUCAAGCAAUGAUAGCAAUAAGAACAAUGCGAAUAAGAAUCGAAUAAGUAAAGCAUCGAGUCAUUUAAAUGUCACAGAAGUUGGCAGUAAAUAUUAUGCCGUCCAUAAAAUAAGUACAAUGUCCGAGCAACCGAUAAAGUUGCAACAUGACGAGAAGUCACAAAUUAGUGUUGUAAGGAAAAGCUAUAGACAGUCAUGGAAACUUAAUAGACUCAAUGGACGAUUGGUUGGAAAAUGGAAACAACACAGAGUUAGCUAUGUCUGAAGCACGUUCUUAUGAUGAGACAACGAUUCAACCACCAACCAAAGCCAUCAGAAAUCUUUACUUCAAACAGACAUCGCAUACAAACAAUGAAGAGAUGAACACGAUGGCAGAAAGAGACUUGGGAUCAACAGUUUUGCUGCCACAUACACAUCUCUACAAGCCAUCAACAGACAGAGGAAGUGACAUAUCAGGUUUUGAUUCAUUAUAAGAGUCAUGGAAGAGAAGGAAGAGACAUAAAUCGAGUCAUAUUUCAUCACACACUUAAUUAAGUCUUCAUGCAAUAAACAAAUAAACUGAACUGAUUCACUUUUUCUAAAAAUCUUAAUUAAAUAUUUAUCGAAAAUGCAUUUUAAUUUUUCUUGUUUAAAUUUAAAUCUAAAAAUAUUUUGUAAAUAUUUUGAUGAGUCGCGAUGACC